AUGGGUCGGAUAUUCCUGCUUGUCCAGUCCAGUGACGGCGCUUGUUUCAAGCUAAUCACGUUCGUGCUGGUCUUUGGUUGCUUGGUCCUGUCUGUGUUCUCCACCAUUCCGGCUCACCAGGACUUCUCUUCCGACUGUCUGCUCAUCCUGGAGUUUGUGAUGAUCGUGGUGUUUGGGCUGGAGUACAUCAUCAGGAUCUGGUCGGCCGGCUGCUGCUGUCGCUACAGAGGAUGGCAGGGUCGCCUCCGUUUCGCCCGGAAGCCUUUCUGUGUCAUAGAUAUCAUCGUACUGAUAGCCUCUGUAGCAGUGGUGUCGGCGGGAAGCCAGGGAAACAUCUUCGCCACUUCCGCCCUGCGUAGCCUCCGCUUCCUGCAGAUCCUGCGUAUGGUGCGCAUGGACCGGCGCGGUGGCACCUGGAAACUGCUGGGAUCAGUUGUGUACGCACACAGCAAGGAGCUGGUGACGGCCUGGUACAUUGGCUUCCUGGUCCUCAUCUUCUCCUCCUUUCUGGUCUACCUUGUGGAGAACAAGUUCAACAGCGAGUUUGCCACCUAUGCUGAUGCCUUAUGGUGGGGAACGAUCACUUUGACAACCAUUGGUUACGGGGACAAGACCCCGAAGACAUGGACCGGCCGUAUGCUCUCAGCUGGGUUUGCUCUACUGGGCAUCUCUUUCUUUGCCCUGCCAGCGGGUAUCCUGGGCUCAGGCUUUGCCCUGAAAGUCCAGGAGCAGCACAGACAGAAGCACUUUGAGAAGAGGAGGAACCCAGCCGCUUGUCUCAUCCAGUGUGUUUGGCGUAGUUAUGCGGCUGAUGAGAACUCGGUUUCCAUUGCUACCUGGAAGCCUCAUUUGAAGGCGUUGCAUACCUGCAGCCCUACAAAGAAGGACCAGGGUGAAUCGUCCACAAGUAAGGUUCUCAGUAGUAAGCAGACGCUACUGAGGAGGUGUAACCUACGGAAACAUACUAGUCAGAAGCUGAGUUUCAAAGACCGUGUCCGGAUGGCGAGCCCCAGGGGGCAGAGUAUUAAGAGCCGGCAGACGUCGGUGAGCGACCGGCGGUCCCCGGGGACUGAGGCUGGGGGUACGGAGGGCACCAGCCCUGCCAAGGUUCAGAAGAGCUGGAGCUUCAACGACCGCACCCGCUUCAGACCCUCCCUCCGCCUCAAGAUCCAAUCACGCUCCACUGCCGAUGCUGACUCUAACAUGACCACUGAGGAUGGUUUCGGUGAUGACAAGGGGUGUCACUGUGAGAUCUCUGUGGAGGACCUGCUGCCUUCCGUCAAGUCUGUCAUCCGAGCCGUCAGGAUAAUGAAGUUCCACGUGGCCAAGAAGAAGUUCAAGGAGACGUUGCGUCCGUACGAUGUGAAGGACGUCAUAGAGCAGUACUCCGCCGGACACCUGGACAUGCUGUGUCGCAUCAAGAGUCUGCAGACACGGCUGGACAUGAUAGUGGGGCCCCAACCCCUGAGCAGCCGAGCCAAGACCUUUUCCUCUCCCUCCCUGCCCAUGUAUUACAGCCAGGGCAGAAAGAACUCCACGCAGGGAGUGGACCAGAUCCUGGGUAAAGGCCAGGUUCCUCUGGAUAAGAAGAUCCGGGACAAGCUGCUGUCUGAUGGAGACCUGCUGGAGGACAUGAGUAUGCUGGGACGUGUCUGCAAAGUGGAACGGCAGGUCCAGUCUAUUGAGUCGAAGCUCGACUCCCUGUUGGACAUCUACCGGCAUGUGUUACGUAAAGGCUCCUCCUCUGCCCUCACCCUCUCCUCCUUGCCUCUGUUCGAGCUGGAGCAGACCUCAGACUACCAGAGCUCUAUCCUCUUCAAGGACCACUCUACCUGCUCUACCCAGGUCAGCAGCACCGGAGGUGGGCCAGGGAUAGAGGGCCAAGGGGGGUGCGUGACCCGCUCCUCCACCAACGCCUCAAACCUGUCCCGGGGACUUCACCUUAUCCUGGCGCCACCCACCGAGCUCAGCCUCAACCUCAACACUGGCACCUCCUCGCCUUCUACCGGUGGGCCCCCGCCCUCCUCGUUCAGUCCGUCGCCCCUUCCUCAACACCACCACCAUCGUCAUCAUCAUCAUCAUACCCUGCCGGAAAGUGGGGAACCAGUCCAUAGAGGAAGUUCUUCUCACUCACCUCCUAUUCUUACUCCUAAUUGUGUAUCUGAAAGUGGGGGGUUUCCUACUCUGGCCAGGCCCCCACCGCCUCCUCCCCAGCCCAGCCGGACGGUGGGUCACUCCAGGACGGAGAGGGAGGUGGGCAACUUCUGUGGAAGCCCGGAGGAGAGGGAGGAUGGUGAUGUGUUAGGCCCAGAACAAGGCCUCAGAAUCGUGAGGCUGGGGCAGUCAAGAGGGGGGUCCAAUGGGAACAGCAAUGGCCGGCCCUGCAAUGCUAAAGCAGAGGGCUCCUGGAUGAGACACACAAGCCUGGAGAUGGAGCCCCUGGUACCCCUCUCUUCUGCUCUGGGAGAAGGAGGCCGCUGCUCCUCUGGCUCCAACCCCAGCCAGGUGGACCGAAGCCUGGGCAAAUCCAUGUCUGUCCAAGACCUGGGGCAGGGUGGGACCACCUCCAUGACCCUGGAUAGCCACCACCAUCCUAGCCUCAGCCUCUCCUCCCCCAGCCCCUGCAGCAGCGACUCCCCCACAGGCUCCCACAGUAGUCAGGACCCUGCGGGAGGGGGCGGCGGGGAUGGCUGGGGGGAGGAGGACCUCUUUAUCAGCGACAGGGAUGUGGACGCCCUCCCUCUCCCUCCCGAGGCUCAAGGUGGAGCCUUUGGCUUUGACUUCUUGUCCCAGGGUUCAGCCGACCCAACCUCUUACUCUUCAGAGCUACUGAGGACAGACCCUGGGCUUGGGGCGGGGUUAAGUGCUCUGGCGGGGUUCAAUAGGAGCCUGGCGAGCGCGAGCGGGAACACGUCAUCACCCGCCUCAGUUGGGAGCGCCGAGUCCCUGAGCAUGCCGCACGUACGGCUAAAAUAAGACACACCCCCGUGUCGUAUGGACCAAUCAAAAAACCUCACCUUAUAGAGAAGCUCUUUAUUCUAUUUUUGGAGGGGUGAGGGGGAACAGGGAGGGACUAUAAUGGUUAUUUCUGUUUAUAUUUAUGUUGAUUCAUUUGAUAAAAAGCAAAGUAUUUUUCAUCCAAGUCGACGAUACAUGAACAUAUUGCAUGAAUUAUUAUUGAAGAAAUCGAAACAAAGAAGGUAAAAUAAAGAGAGAGAGGUAUAUAAAAAGAGACUUUGAUAUAUAUAUUAUAUAUAUCUAAGAAACAAGCUAAACUUGAUCCUGAUAGACAGUGGGUUGAUCUGUGAUCUCGACACUGCAUGAGCACUGCAUGUUUUCAACUUACCCAUAAGUCUUCAUUCAUUAACACUGGAAGUUGUUGAUGCCUAUGGACCUUAUGGCAAAACCCUUCUAGAAAACAUUUCCUUAAUUUUAAUACACAUAAUCAUGUACAGUAAAAGUUCAAGUGUGGGGCCUCCUAACUUAUAAGGAGGGGCGUAUGGGGCAAGUGAAAUGCUUACAUGAACCCAAUAUCAGACUGUUAUCCAAAGCUUCUGAGGCAGCCAUCUUGAAAUGAAUGUUGCCUCAAUAUGACCAAGUUUUUCACCCACAUCAGUUCCCUAUAAUAGUUUCUCAUUUGAGUGACUAUUGUGGACAUAC